ACUUGUGUGAUACUUGUUUUGAAAAAAAAAAGGUUCAAUGCAAAAAAAUGCGAAUCUGUCUCUUUCUCUCAUUAUUGACGUUCCGUAGCAAGACAGCGUACGUAACCAAUUUAAUAAUAUACUUUCUAAAAUACCUACUUAUUUUAAAUUUGCUUACGUAAAAGAAAAGAAAGUGUUUAUUACAGCGUAAACAUAACAUUAACAACUCUCAGAAUCAUUGUGACUUUGUUCAAUAACAGACAGUAGCGUGAGGAUAAUUAAAUCCAAAAUUGUAUGAGACGCGCGAAAUUUAAAAUCUCUGAGUCUCUGUCCUCAAAGUUGAUGUUACAGUGGUCACAGAUGUUACGUAAUAUAUUUUCAAUUACACUUGCCAAGUAGUCAAAAAAAACUUACAAAGCAUGUGGGAUCCAUAGUUCAUGGAUUUAUGAAUAUAUUUUCAAAAAUUUUGAUUAAAUAAUGAUGGGGAAACCAAGGAAGUGUUUAUUAGGGACGCUCGUUUACAUAUUUGCAUUAUUGCUGCUACUGUUUAUGGUUGUUUUUGUAAUCAUUCCUAUAGUUUUUAAGUACAGUAUUGAAAUACAAAGGAGCAUUAUUUUCCCAACAUGGGCGACUGACGGAGAUACAGACUUCUCAGAUACGAAGAGUUUUGGCCUAAAAGGUGUCAGAAACUUUUAUGUAACUGUUGAUCACAAAGACAACGUAACUUUGGGCGCGUGGCAAAUUUUACCUAACACGGUCUUAAGUAAUGCUGUAGAUGACCAAUAUUACAACUAUGAAGAAAUUUUAGCAAAUAAAAACUACAAUAUAAUAAUAUAUCUGCACGGAAAUGGUGGGUUGCGGUCUUCCUCUCUGGAGCUGUAUACUGUAUUGAGGCAAUAUUUUCAAAUUAUUGCAAUUGACUAUAGAGGGUAUGGAGACUCCACAAAUAAGGAAAUAACUGAAGCCAACAUUGUUAGAGAUAUAGUUAAUUUUUACAAAUGGAUUCAAGCGAAAACAAAGGCGCGGAUUUUUGUUUGGGGCCACUCAUUAGGUACUGGCGUCAGUACGCAUACCAUCUCGAAUUUAAAAGCUGAAAAUGUAAUUCCAAGUGGUUUAGUUCUUGAAACCCCAUUUUCAACUAUAACUGAUGUAAUGGAAAGACAUUUUUUUGUAAAAUUAAUAUCUUGGCUCCCUUGGUAUAGAACAACCAUGCUAAACCCCAUAAUAUACAACGAUUUUGGUUUUGAAUCCACUAAAUAUAUAUUAGACGUCGAUUGUCCUAUUAUGAUUCUACAUGCCAAGGAUGAUGAAAUCGUACCAUAUGAUUUAGCAACCAAGUUGUAUAACACUGCCAUAAAGAACAGAAAUUUUACCACUCAGGGAAAUAUUACCUAUCAUUUAUUUGAAGCUAAGGGUCUUGGACAUAUGUUAAUUUACCUAGAACCUACAUUACCAAAAGUUAUAAGGAGGUUUGUUGAAGUUUGCAUAGACUUUGAAAACAAAACUCAUAACACAACAGCAGCGUAAUGUGAUAUUUUUAAUCUUUUUCUAAAAUAAAUGUUUGUUAAACAGUCGUUUAAA